GACGUCCCGGUUGUUCAUACAAUCGCUCUUAUUGUUGUAAUACUUGUGUUGCUCGUGCAGAUAACAUACGUAAUGUGCGACAUGUAAAAAUGUACAUGCGUAAUGUUGUUGCCGCACUUGUUUGAAAAAUGUUUGACAACUGUAAGCUGCCUGUGAUUAAAAGAGUUUCGGUGUAACAGCUGUUACAACGGGUAGGUUAAAGCUCGGCUCCGGUUUACAAAACGUUCGCCGUGCGAUCGGUACUUUUUCUAAAUUAAUAUUCGACAUCGGCAGUUAGAGUGCAAGAUGCUGCUGCAAAGAUUAUGUCGCGUUGCAAACUCCGGCAGAGUUCUUCAAAGAGCGGUUCUGUAUAAAAAUAUUUAUCCAGCACGUAAGGAAAAUAGCGCUCAAGUAAUCAGAAAGGUAACAACGAUCUCGCCGUUCACUGCCAUGGGAUUGUGGGGAGUUGCGAAGAACAACGACGAGGGUGGCAUCCAAAUGACAAAUAAGGAUGUUCUCACUGAAGCAGACACCCUUUUUGACCGGGGAGACUAUAGAAGUGCAUACGAUCUUUUGUCAAAAUAUAAGGACAACAAGGAUGUCGAAGUCUUGUGGCGUUUAAGCAGAGCCAUUUACAAAAUGUCUGAAGUGGCAAACGCUGCUGAAGCACGAAAAUUAACUUAUGAAGGAUACGAUUUGUUAUGUACGGCACUUGAAAUUCAAGAAGACCACUAUGUUCUGCAUAAAUGGAUGUCUGCAUUUCUUAAUAGUAAGAGUAGUCUGGAAGGUACAAAAGCACAGAUCAAAGAAUCGUACAAUAUUAAGAAACAUAUCGAGAGAGCGAUAGAAUUGAAACCUGGUGACGCAAUGCUGUUUUACUUGCAUGGAACCUGGUGCUAUGAGAUUUCGAAUCUGGCAUGGUAUCAGCGAAAAAUAGCAUCCCUCGUAUUUGGAGAACCGCCGACUUCGACUUUUGAAGAAGCGUUGAUGUACUACGAGAAUGCCGAGAAAGCUGAUCCAAAUUUCUACAGUCGCAAUUUACUGAUGUUAGGAAAGACAUACCUGAAAUUGAAUCGAAAGGAAGACGCGAAAAAAUACUUGAAAAAGGCUGCUGAAUUUCCUGCGAAAAAUGACGAAGAUCAGAAAGCAAAACAGGAAGCGCAAAAAAUAUUAAAUAGUAUUUAAGGACAAUAGAGGUAUAUAAAUAUCUUUGAAUUGCAUUUUAUAUAGACAAUUUUUUUAUUGUUUUAAAACAUGUUUGUUACGUAACCCUUUCAUGACCGAAUUAAUUUGUUGUUAAGUUUUGAUAUAUUGUUGCUUAGUAAUAGAGUGCGUCCACUAAAUCAUUGAAUCUCUUUAAGUUUUAUAAUUGGAAUUCGUAUGUCCCAGUGGUCAUGAAUGAGUUAACAAAUAAAUUUAGUAUAAUAUUGCGAUACUAAAAAGAUUAUAUGUGUUAUGACUAUGUGCCAUGACUAUUCCAUGACUAUAUUAUAAUUAUACAAUUGAUAUAUUUAUCUUACGUGAUUUACUAUAUUUAUACGUAUAGCUUUCUAUAAAGAGAUAUGCACGUAUACGUGCUUAACAUCCCAGCACAGACAGCACACAUGUCUAAAAAAGACAUCUUUAAGACGUCCUUAAUUUAUCUUUUAGACAUGUACGUCUUAAAGAUAUCUUUAUGACGCCUUUAAGACAUGUGUGCUAUCUGGGAUGUCUGUACACUACUAAUGUCGAAUUCGUGCGCGACUCGAAUCUGACUAGUUUGUACAUUUCUAUUAGGUAGAAUAUUUCACGGAUCCAAUGGAAUGUCUUGAAAUAAACGGGCUAUUGCUUAUUUGUUACAAUGACAUAACUAAAAAAUUGCAAUUUUUCAAUUGUUUGUUAAACGUUCAAGUUUAUUUUCCGAAAAUUGUUUUCUAAAUUAUGUUAUUGAUGUAACAAAUAAGUGAUCGAUUCGUUGUGCAUAAAUGCACACGCAUACAGCUCAAAGAACAGAGUUUACAAUUAUCGACGUGUAAUCGGUUGAUUGUAUAUGUAUAUAUGGUCACUUGUCAUAUUUUUAUGUCCAUAAUUAAAUUAUAAUAAUUACAAAAGGGGUACAAACCAUCUUAAACGCACAAAUCGUUCUCUUACAAGAAUAAAUAGGCAAAUAAAAAAUAUAUUCUUCCA